AUGUCUUCCAACCUGUUAAACUUCAACAAACCAUGCAACGGUUGUCGACGACGGAAAGUUCGCUGCGACAAAGCCAAGCCGUGCCUCAACUGUGUUCGUCAUGGCAUUGCCUGCGUCUACGACCCGCAGAGGGAACCCGGCGUUCCCACGCCCGAAAGCCAGCAGCAGCUUCAGGACAGAGUCGACCGUCUCGAGAGGCUGGUAGAGGAGAUGAAGGGCUUGUCCGUACGGUGUGAAUCGCAGAAGGGCGCCAGCAGCUCCUUUCCUUCACCAAGUCCAGCAACGAAUUACUUUGGCGACUUUCACAAUGAAGAGGCGUUGGCGGGCGAUCCCGGAAUGCAAGUAUACGACGAAAACGUCUCCUACUAUCUUGGCCCAAACUCCUGGCUCAACCUGCAAGACAUCGUCUUUGAACCGCGGUGCCUAUUUCAGAUCGACUCGGACAAGACUGGCAAGAACCCUGCCAGUCCAUCUUCGUGGCCCAUCGGAAGAACGCCUGCUUUGACAAAUCUUUCCCAUCUGCACCUCGAGCCCGAAAAGGAAGAUAUAUUGACAGACUUGUUCCUCGCACAUGUCGAGCCUUUCGUCAGGAUGAGCCACGACUCUUACUGGCGACAACAAAUAACAGACUUUCGAGUCGGCGUUCAAAAGAUUCCCGUGGACGUGGAGUUAGCCAUGUUCGCAACGCAGGCCAUGACAGUGGCGGCCCUGCCAGGAAGCGUUGUUCAAGAGAGACUGGGAGAGCCCAAGGAGGAUUUGUUGCGGCACUUGCAGGAGGCAUCCCGGUUGGCACUUGAGCGGGCCGAUAUACUGCGUAGCAGGAAACCCCUUGCGUUCUUCGCCUUGCUUUAUCACAUUGUUCGUCCCGUCCCCGAGCCGUUCCUCUUCAAAACAGAAGACAAUGCAUGGCUUGCUAAUAAGUACAGCAAAUGA